UGCCGCACGGCGGAGUAAACGGCGGGGCGUGCUCGGUUGAUUACGUCAUAAGAGAAACUGAUUUUCUACGAUAGUCGGCCAUAUUGACUUGGGCGUAAGAACAUCGAAAGCAGUCCCGUGCCCAUUGCGUCGCGCUUGCAGUUCGAAGUAAAUGGUGCAUCGCCGUUGUUGGAGGAGUUCUCGGACCGGGUUGGAUUUUCCAUGAGCUACGACCGUCCCGUCGUUCGAGGGAUCUGAAGAUAUCAAGGGCUGAGAUAUGCCGGAGGAACAGAAGUCGACUGGUGGCCCGCCAGAAGUAACUGCGGAAAAUGGGACCAACUCGCCCACGAAGAGUCCGGUCAGCAAAGGCAAGACGGCAAUCGCGAGAGUCACUCUCCUCGAUGGAACCGUUAAAGACUUCCAUGUAGACAGAAAGGCGAAAGGUCACGAAUUGCUCGACACGAUAUGUCAGAGUAUGAACCUACUGGAAAAAGAUUACUUCGGUCUCAUUUACGAAGACAGACACGAUUCGCGAAACUGGUUAGACCUAGACAAAAAGAUUGCCAAGUUCGUGAAAAACGAGCCUUGGAAGUUUAAUUUCGAGGUAAAGUUUUAUCCACCGGACCCGGCUCAAUUACAAGAGGACAUUACGCGUUAUCAGCUUUGCCUUCAAAUUAGAAACGACAUCAUCACGGGACGAUUGCCGUGCUCGUAUGUUACUCAUGCUCUUCUAGGUUCAUAUUUAGUUCAAUCGGAAGUCGGUGACUAUGACCCGGAGGUACACGGUCAUACAUAUUUAAAGGACUUCAAGUUUGCCCCGAACCAGACUCCAGAGUUAGUGGAAAAAGUAAUGGACCUGCAUAAGACGCAUAAGGGUCAAACACCCGCGGAAGCGGAACUGCAUUAUCUUGAAAAUGCGAAGAAGUUAGCCAUGUACGGAGUAGAUCUUCACACCGCUAAAGACUCGGAGGGCGUCGAUAUAAUGUUAGGCGUAUGUUCGUCGGGCCUCCUCGUCUACAGAGAUCGGUUACGAAUCAAUAGGUUCCCUUGGCCGAAGAUACUGAAGAUCUCGUACAAGAGGCAUAACUUCUAUAUAAAGAUCAGGCCGGGCGAGUUCGAGCGAUUCGAGUCGACGAUCGGUUUCAAACUGGCCAACCAUAGGGCGGCGAAGAAGUUAUGGAAAGUCUGCGUGGAACAUCACACCUUCUUCAGGCUCAUGAGUCCGGAGCCUGUUAAGAAAGUGGGCCUUAUACCGCAUUUAGGUUCCCGUUUCCGAUACUCGGGACGAACUCAUUACGAGACGAAAAAGACUCCUAUCGAUAGACAACCUCCGCAAUUUGAGAGAUCGUUGAGUGGCCGCCGCCCUACGUCUCGCAGUAUGGACGCACUCGGAGGUCCGAAGCAAGUUGAAUCUUACGGUUCAGAGCCGAGUAAGAGGCACACGAUGAGCUAUGAACCGGAAAUGAUUCCCGACAUGGAGCACAUAGAUCAGCGGCCUAGUCCAAUUAAAAAACAGAAGGAAAAGCUCACACGCAAAACAAGUGCCGGAACAACAUCAGCUAGCAGUACCAGUAGCCUGGAAGGAGAGUACGAUGCAGAUCGUGGCAAAAAGAAACCGGUCGGAGGGAUCGCGGUCCUACCGCCCGGUGGUUUAUCCAAGAAGAAAAAGGAUAAGCAAAACGAGAACGAGAGGGAGAAUCAUAAUGAUCUAAACAACUCUGAUUUAAUAAACGAAAACGCUAUUCUUGACAACAGCAGCGCGAAGUCGCCGAGUAAGAAGGAGUUGAAGAAGAAGGAAAAAGAAACGCCCGAGAAGAAAGAUAAAGAAAAGAAAGAGAAAAUAAAGAGUCCAAUCGGCGUGCUCACGUUUGGCAAGAAGGACAAAGAUGACAAGAAGAAGAAGCAGAAAAAGGGUAAAGGGCCAGACGAAUCAACGGACAAAAGCGACACGGAAUCGAACUUGUCUACGUCAGAAAAGAAGCAGCCUCCGUCCGAAAAACCGAGCACGGAACAGACGAAAGCCAUCUCGGGAUCUCCUCAACAACCCAGUUACACGAAACCCUAUGAUUACGAAGAAACGGAAACCUCUCCAACGAAAAAACCUUUCACUCCGCAUGGAUUUUCGUACGAAGACAGACCAGCGUCUCCGGAGGUUCAGAAUCAACGGUCACCGACCGGUGAAAGUCGGAAGGCUACAGGAUUGGCUUUCAAUUACGCCCCGGGCGAAGAGAAGAAGGUAGCCGAGUCAGCGGAGAAGAGGAAGACCAAAGACAUCGACUCGAAGCCGCCUUCCGGAUUGAAGACUCCUGGUUUGAAUUAUGUGGAGUCCGCUGGAUUGAAGGAACAGCAGAAAGCUUUAGCGAAACCAGGCGCCAAACCGGACGAUAAGAGUACGUCAGCCGUUUUGAUCGCAGCUGAACAACAACAUCAAGGUGCUAAUUACCAACCGACCGUGGCUCAACCGCCCGCCGCAGAUGCCAAGCCGGAAUACCACAUCUUGCCGCUCCCGGAUGGUUCCAAGGUGAUCGGAGGUGUUAUUUAUACCAAAGACGGUAAAUUGUUGGAUCAAAGCAAUCUCGGGCCGGAUAAUAGUAAGAUAGUGAAUGGGAAAGUGUGUUCCAAGGAUAGUAACCCGAUUAAAAAAUCCGAAUUCGGCCCGCACGGAAUUUAUAUUAAUAACGGAUUAAUUACAACGAAGGAUGGGAAACCGGUGAGUCAAGAGAUUUUGGGCGUGGAAAGGAAUUUUAUCAGAGAUGGAAUCGUGUAUGGUUCUAACGGACAAGCAGUCGACCAAUGUUUCUUGGGCUUGGAACACGCAUCAGUGAAGGAUGGUAAAAUCGUAGGAAAGAAUGGAAAAGUGAUACAAUACAAUAAGCUAGGCUCCGAUGGAACGUACAUAAAGGAUGGUCUCAUAUUCUCGUCCAAUGCGAAACCACUUACCCAAGGAUCGUACACGAUAAACGGGAGCUAUGUCGUCGCGGGAGUAGUCUGCGACGAAAAUGGAAGACCAUUGCAUCAAAUUGCUUUGAUACCCGACGAAACUUACAUCUACGAUGGGUUAAUUUGCGGUACAAACGGCAGUCCAAUUUCUCAUGGUAUUUUGGGCCAUGAGGGACACUACAUAGCCGAGGGAAAAGUCUAUUCGAAAGAAGGUAAACCGGUCAAGCACGAAUCUUUCAGCUCGGAUGGCUCCGCGAUAAAAGACGGUAUAAUUUAUUCGAAAGAUGGCAAGUUUUUAAAUCAGGGUUCAUUAUUACCUUGCGGCGCUUAUUUGAAAGACGGCAAAGUCGUCAGUAAAGAUGGCAAGUCGAUCAAGCACGCGUUCUACAAACCCGAUGGGAGCUUUAUAAAAGAUGGUAUCUUGUUUGGCAAGGAUGGCAGGCCUCUGAGUCAUAUACCUUUGAUAGCUAAUGGAAGCUUCAUCAAGGAAGGCGUCAUGUACGAUAAAAGCAAUAAACUGCUGUCGCAAAGUCUUUUUAAACCUAAUAAUAUCGUUAUUAAAGACGGAAUCAUUUAUGACGCAAACGGUGUAAUAGUGUCCGAUGCUUUUCUUGGCCCGGACGGCUCGACGAUAAAAGACGGAAUAAUAAUUGGAAAGGAUGGUAAACCUGUUAAACAAGAAUCUUUCGAUUCGAAUGGGAGUUACAUAAAGAAAGGAGUGAUCCAUGCGAAGAAUGGAAAGCCUCUUAAUCAGGACUCUUUGGUACCCGAAGGGGCAUCGAUCAAAGACGGUAAAAUAUACAAUAAGGACGGCAAAGUCCUGAAAUUUUCGUUCUUCAAACUAGAUGGAAGUGUCGUGAAAGAUGGUCUCGUGUAUGCCAAAGACGGUAAACCAUUGAAUCUCUGCUCGGCACUUUCGGAAGAUAGCUUCAUCGCGAACGGAGUGAUCUUCAAUCACAACGGGAUGCCCGUGUCUAAAGAUAUGUUUGGUUCUGAUGGUUCGUACGUCGCUGGUGGCAUAAUUCACAACAAAGACGGCAGGAUAAUAUCCGAAGGUGUCUUCGGGCCUGAUGGAAACGUCAUUAAGAACGGACUGAUCGUGGCCAGCGAUGGAAGGCCGUUGACUCAGGACGAUAAAGGACCGGAUAACAUAGCCGUGAAGGAUGGAAAAAUUGUGGAUGAUCAAGGGAAUCCGAAGAACAUGGCAUCCAUCGUUCCAGAUGGAUGUUACAUCCGAGACGGUGUCGUUUACGACAGAAAUCAAUGCCCCUUGAAACAAGGAGCGUUCAAGCCCGAUGGAAGUUACAUCAGAGACGGUCUUAUAUACGGAUGGGGUGGGAAACUACUUAACAGCGGCAGCGAACUCCCCGUUGGAAGUUACGUGCAAGAAGGUAGAAUCUACGGAAAGGACAAACAACCGCUGGAGCACAGUUCCUUCGGCAUGGACGGAGGCUACAUCUCUAAUGGAUACGUUUACGGGAAAGACAAACAGUUGCUAAGCCACGGAUUGUUCGGUAACGACGGUAGUUGCAUAAAGGACGGAUCGUUGUACGGUCCCGAUGGGAAACCGCUGAAUCGAAAGCAAACUGUAAUGUUUGUCACGCUCGUUCGUUACGGUUUGAUCUGUGACCGCGACGGUAAGCCAUUGAAAUCUGGUCAUUUCGAUGAGGAUGGUAGUAUCGUCAAGGACGGAAGAAUUUACGAUCGAUCCGGUCAACCCAUGUCUCAAACUUCUUAUAGAAACGACGGAAGCUACAUAAAGGAUGGUUUCCUUUACACGAGCAAUGGGAAACCGCUGUCUCAAGGUAAUCUACCACCCGAGAACAGUUUCAUUCGAAACGGAAAAGUCUUUGACUCGAACGGGCAACCGUUGACGCAAGAGGCAUUCGGUCCGGAAGGCUUGAGAGUGGUGAACGGAGUCGUAGUGGAUAAAACUGGGAAACCUUUGAAGCAGGCAGCUUUUGACGGUGAAGGCAAUGUUGUGAAGGACGGUUUCGUUUGUACAUCGGCCGGAAAGCCACUGGAUAAGUAUUACACGGUGAUCACCAUCACUUUGGUUCGCAACGGCCUCUUGUGCGGUAAAGAUGGAAAACCGGUGAAGCAAGCACCGUUCGGAAACGAUGGAAGCUACGUUAAAGAUGGAAAGAUUCACGAUAAAUUCGGCAAGUUGAUGAAUCAAGAGAUUUUCGGAGACGAAGGAGCGUAUCUGAAGGACGGCGUUGUACUGUCUAGUACCGGGCAACCGUUGGACAGCGACACUAUCCUGAAGGAUGUGCAGGACGUGACAAAAUCGAUCUCGAAAACGAAGAAAGCGUUGGCCACUGCUCCGACGAUCGUGAAAACCACGACGAAGCAAUCGGUGGUAAAGGACCAAGACGGUGUAACGCAGAACAUCGAAGAGAAAGUCGAGGAUCUUACUCCUGGAGGCACGGGCCAAGUAACAGUCUCGACGCAGCUUAACAAGGCAGAGGCAACAGACGAUGGUAGAGCCCCGUACAUGACAGCGACUGCUGUUACGACACGUACCGCUACGAUGCACGAGGAUCUUGAAAAAAAUCAAAAGACGAGCCAGGUAGAGGAAAAGACCGUAGCGCACACGACAGCGACCAGUGCGACGAGACAAGAGCAGAGAGUAGUGACCCAGGAAGUACGAACAACGAGCCACGUGCUGUCCGGUGAACAGCUGUUCAAACGAAGGCUCAGUACGUCCAGUUCGAGCAGCGACGAUUCAGGUACACCAAUUGACCUCGAAGACGAUCAGCAGGCUUUCUACAAUCAAUACUAUCAGGGUGAACCAGCCAGCAUUGAAACAGAAACGCACGUGUACAAAGAGGGACCAGAAAAUAACGUGGCGAGCACUACCACUGUCCCAUUGACAGCGACCGAAACCAGGAAGGUAGCUGUUGAGAGUGACGAUGGUAUGUACAGUGCGACUGGAGAAAUAGUCAGUUCUCAGACGAUAUCCAGUAAAACGCGCACUGUCGAAACGAUAACGUACAAAACCGAGAGAGACGGAGUCGUGGAAACUCGAGUAGAACAAAAAAUAACGAUACAAUCGGAUGGAGAUCCGAUCGACCAUGACCGAGCGUUGGCAGAAGCGAUUCAAGAGGCGACCGCUAUGAACCCUGAUAUGACGGUGGAGAAAAUAGAGAUUCAACAACAGACCGCACAGUAACGUAUUGCAAACAUCUAACAUGGUCAAGUUAUCUCUGAAAUAAAGGGCACUCUUCAUCUAAAAGAUAAAAACGCUGGUGAUUCGAUGAUGAACGAUGUAGAAAAAUUGAUAUAAUUGAUACACAUUGUUUCUUAUGAAAAAUAUGAUUGUACGAUGUGUUACGAGCUUGAAUUCGAUUGAAAAUCGAGUUAUUAUAGAAAGAAUAUUGACGGUACCUCGUACCAUAAACUGCAGUGUUCAUAUUCCGUGUAUGUAUUGUCUACAGAGAGACACGUGUAUGUAUGCAUAGAGAUGUAUGUACGUAGACGAGGAAAGAAUUUAAUUAUAGUUAAAAGAAAGAUAAGAGUGCCCUGAAUUAUAGCGAACAUGUUUAAGUGAUAUCUCAUAAUUAAUCCGCUGAUUUGAAAUUGAUUAAAGCGAUGCCCAAUACUCGCGAUAUCGGGAAUUUAGUUAUCUCUAAUUUUCUAUUUUGAACAACUUCAUCUUCGAGCCUAAUGUAAACCAAAAACACAGAAAAACUAUUAAAAAAAAGUUGAUUACUCAAAAGUACGUAACUAUAUUAUUAAAUAUGCGUCUCGAAGUACACGAGUACAGUAUAUUAUAAAUAUAAAUGAAUAUAUAUAUAUAUAUAUAUAUACAUGAUUUGUAUGGAUUUAACCAGAUGGAAAGUAACAGUGCAAAGAUUUAUAAUAUGUAAGUGAGAGAGGAUGCACAGUAAAAUUCGUUGAUUACGCUUCGUGCGAUUUACCUGUAGCUUCUCUGCAAUAUAAUUUCCUUUUGUAUAGAUCAAUUAUAUUAUUUGUGAGAUACUUUCUUCAAAACUGAUGCUGUAUAAUGUUUAAUUGUGUGACAAAGUCAGAGUUCGCUAAGUACGAAGAAUAUUAAUAUAUACAUUACAAGAAUAUAUAGAUACAUGUAACAAAUAUUUACGAUUAAUCGACGAAGAGAUGAGUCUACAGGGUUUCCGAGAACUUUUUAGUAUUACUACGUUCAGCAAAGCGAAACGGAAUAAAGCUAAGGCGUUAUCAGUACAUCGUUUAUUUAAUAAUUUAAAUUUACGAGUCUCGAAACUGUGUAGAUUCGUUAGAAUUAAAUAUAAUUCAAAGAUGAUAACAUUAAUACGAUUAAUAUUAAUAAGCUAAAGAAUUAUAUGUAUGUAUAACUUCAUACCAAGAGCUACGAUGCAUUGGUCAGCGUAUAUGUCUAAAUUUAGCUGUAACUUUUGUAGUUCUUAAGACUACAAGUUGGUAUAAGAUUAUCUCUUUCGUUCAAUAGUUUAUUUAACUUUUUGUAUGAACAGAACACAGAAAUACUGGUAAGAAGGAGGAAAGGCUGAAUAAUCCUGAAUUUAACGAUAAAAAAUGAUUAAGAACGCAAGCUGUACUUUGCAAGAGACAAAGCUAUAUAAAUUAUAUAAAGUUAUAAAUAUUAAAAUACAUCUGCUGCUUCGUAUAUUUGUGUAUGAACAGUAUAUAAUUAUAUAUACAUAUAUAUAUAUUGUACAUGCGGCAGUUAUUAAGCAACAUUAACAUGUGCAUAUCACACCGUAGGAGGCUUGGUUUAUACCUUUGUUCUUUCGGGAGAUCGUUCAAACGUACGCUUGCAUUUUGCACAAAGCAUUUAUUUCACGUAUUAACGACGAAAACAUUUUUUACUUUUCUACAUUUUACACGAGUCGACGUGACGAGCUAAAUAAAACGUUUAUACAUACAUUAGUUUUGUAGCGGUUUACAGUCUUUAUUACGACUCGUAAAUUUCUCGGAGUCAGUAUUGUUACAUCGUAUUAUGUCAAUUCACGGAAGGAUCAUUAAAGAUUACGUGGAACAAAGGGUAAUCACUGACCAUCUACGUGCGAGUUGCAUUUCGUUUUCUAUGUUAUAAUUUUGUUAUACGCUGGCAGCUGAUUAACUGUUUUCGAUUCAUUAAUCUCAUUUAAUUGAUAGCGUUAGUACACAGUUUAUAAAACAUGCUCAACCACUCGAUUAGUUACUUUCCAUUUCACUUGCGAGCAACUUUUAUAUACAUUUCGUAGACCGAUGUUUGUGUCUCGAUAUUAUAAGAGAGAGAGGGAGAGAGAGAGAGUAAAAUUACGAUGAAGAACAAAUUUAUUUUCUACUUGUACCUUUUUAUACACCAUAUAAUUCCAUAAUUUAUAAUAAGAUAUUUUUCUUUUUUAUUGUACCUAACAUUCCAUGCUUAUAGUAACUAACACAUGUGUAUAUAUAUAUUAAUUAUUAUAAAUGCCUGUGUCAUUUAAGACUUAUUUAUUCGUUUACUCGUACAAUUACGAUUAUUAUAAUUUUGUGUCGGCCCUGCUUGAAGAUGUAAAAACAAUUUUUCCCAUCGCUAUUUUGUAUCGAGUUAAGCUUUAAACGUAAGAUCAUGGAUCUUCAAGCAGUGUACAAAUUGUAGUUAAUAGUAUUUUGUACUUUAAUACUCCCGUCGUUCGUUCAGCGAUAAUACAAAAAAUGAUAUACGUAUACUUAAUAUUAUAGAAUACAUAAAAGCAUUUUAUGUGUAUAGAAAAUUCUUCGUAACCGUUUUUAAACCGUGCACGUUCUGUUAUAUUUAAAUUAGAAUCAUUGUUUUACACGCAUGAAUAUCAAUGUACUUUUAUUUUAGUUUAAAACAGUGUUACGUUGAUGCACAUUAAUAUAUAUAUAUAUAUGAAUGUCGCCUUAGUGCUAGAAAGUUGUACAAAGCGAUUGUAAUUAGUUCUCCAGCUUGUUUUUAUAAUGAUUUGCCAUAUAUUUAUUCCCAGCGCAAUUCGAUUCAUACAUUUUAUUUUCACACGACUUUCCAGCAUGCAGGCAGUAAUAUAAAAAUUAUUUAAUACCCGUACGUAUAUUAUAAAAGAAUAAAAAAUGAGAAGUACGCAAUGAA